AUGAAGCUCGCUGGUGCUCUGGUGUUCCUCGGGGCUGUCCUGCUCCUGACUUCAGGGGGAGAUUGUGGCAUUUGCCCAGUUAUAAAAGAAGAUGUUCAUCUAUUUCUUUUCGGGACCCCAGAAGAGUAUACUAAAUACGUGAAAACUUACAAAGAUGACCCUACCUUUGUGGAAAAUACUGCGAAACUCAAGAAAUGUAUUGAUAGCAACUUGACAGAGGAAGACAAGUCACAUGCAGCAGACUUCAUCGAAAAAAUAGAUGUUAGCCCAAUAUGUUGA